AUGGCAAUCAUGAGAUGCAUACGAUUGGAGCCUAACAGAUCGAUGACUAUUGAUGAAUUCAAAGCAUGGCUGCGCACCUAUGAUGACAACCGUGAUGGUCGUAUUAGUCAACAAGAAUUUCAAGAGGCACUUCAUGGUUUGAGAAUAUGGUUUGGGGGGUGGAAGGCGAAAAAGGCAAUGGAAGCGGUUGAUUCCAAUCAUAAUGGCAUCAUCGACUCUGCAAAUGAAAUGGAGAAGUUGGUGAAGUUUGCUCAAAAGCAUUUGCAUAUGAAGAUCUACGAAUCAUGA